ACCGGGCUCCGCACCGUCGCCGCCCCGCUGCAUUCAGCACUCUGCACGGGAGGCGCGGGCGGGCGGCUCUCCCUCUCUCUCUCUGUGUGUGUGUGCGAGGAAAGAAAGAAGUAGAGGAGGAGGAGGAGGAGGGAGCGCGCACUUGGAGGCGGCGCAGAAGUGGAGUGGCCCGGAGGCACCUCCUCACAGUGAUGCCGGUGAUGAUGGAGAAGCCGGGCUCGGCGGGAAUACUGUCCCGGGGAGCCAGGAUGAAGGGCCUGAACAACGGGAGCCAACAGCUCCGGGAGUCGGAGGAGGAGGAGAGCAGCGAUGAGGAACAGCCACACACAGCCAUGUCCGUCCUCUCCAUUGAGUGGAAGAGGCGGGAGCAGCACGGACUGCACGACAGCAUGAUCCGGGUUGGAUCGGACUACCAAGCAGUGGUGCCGGAGUGUCACCCAGACAGUGCCACGCGUUUCAUUGAGAAAGACACCAAGGGCAUGUUGGUCUGGUCUCCCAACCACAACAUCUCCGAUGCAAAGCUUGAUGAAUACAUUGCAAUGGCCAAGGAGAAGCACGGUUACAACAUCGAGCAGGCGCUGGGGAUGCUCCUGUGGCACAAGCACGACGUGGACAAGUCUCUGGCUGACCUGGCCAACUUCACACCUUUCCCGGACGAGUGGACUGUCGAGGACAAGGUCCUGUUCGAGCAAGCCUUCAGCUUCCACGGCAAGAGCUUCCAGCGCAUCCAGCAGAUGUUACCGGACAAGCUCAUCUCCAGCCUGGUGAAGUAUUACUAUUCGUGGAAGAAGACGAGGACCAGGACCAGCGUGAUGGACCGCCAAGCGCGCAAGCUAGUGCACAAGAAGGAGCGGGAGGACAGCAACGACGAGGCAGAGGAGGUGACCGUCCAGAUCGCAGAUGACAGCGACUAUGAGCCCGACAUAAAGAGGGAGCGCCCCGGGGAACAGAAGCAAACGAACGGCAAGUCAAUGGCGGUGAAGAGAGAGUCGCAGAGUGUCCAGUACAGGCACCACCCACCGCGAGCGAAGCGGCGGCCCCCGAAGGACAUGUACCUGAGCCAGGACGAGGUGGCUGGAGUCUCUGCGAACCCCAACGCGGCCGCCAUCGCCCUGCGGCAGCUCGACUCGCAGCUGGUCUCCAUCAAACGGCAGGUGCAGAGCAUAAAACAGAUAAACAGCUCACUGAAACAGAGUCUGGACGGAGGCAUCGACAAGCUGCGGCCGCCGGAGGUGACUCCCAAACUGAACUCUCGAUGGACAACAGAGGAACAGCUGCUGGCAGUGCAAGGGAUCCGUAAAUACGGGCGUAAUUUCCAAGCGGUGGCGGACGUGGUCGGUAACAAGACCCUGGCGCAGGUGAAGAGUUUCUUCAUCAGUUACCGGCGGCGUUUCAACCUGGAGGAGAUCGUGCAGGAGUGGGAGGCGGAGCAGGGCGGCCCCGGGACCAUCUCUCCCCUGGACGAGGGCAGUGGCUCCAACCCCUCGCUGGCCAACAGUGAGGAGGAAGCAGAAGAGGAAGCAGAGGUCCAGGCGACUCCAGUUCCUGCUGCACCAGCCCCCGCCCCUGGCCCCUCCCUCUCCCAGCCCCCUCCGCUGCUGCGCCCGUCCCUCCCCGCCGCUCCACCGGCCCUCCACCGGCAGCCCCCGCCCCUCCAACAGGGCCGAUUCCUGCCAACCCGACCCGUGCCCAACCAGCCGCCACCCCCCCUCAUCCGCCCAGCCGUGCCCCCGCGCCACGGCCCCCGUCCGCCAAUCAGUCCCCAGCACCUGCCCUCUCUGGUGGGCGUGGGGCUAGAGACACCUCCCUCCUCUGCGCACUGAGUUCCCGCCGUGCAGCGAGGGCUGGGGCUGUGGGAUGUGCACCUUCCUCCUCCCCCCCCCCCCCCCCCCUCCUGACAGCUGAAAAAUGUCGCAGGAGACUGGAUCUACGACCAGUGAUUCAACAGGAUGUCAUAUCGCCCUGAUGCCUUGUGCUGGCUGCGACUUGCCUCCAUCUCGGGCACUGUGGGAAGCAAAGGGACCAGGAUCCUGGCAUCGCUCUCACUUCUCCUUUCUCUUCCCUCCCACUCCCCGGAUCUCUUUGGACCCUGACAUCUUACCCAGAAUCGAUUGGGACCCUGGCGUUGUCACCAGGAUCUCCUGGGACUCCUGUGAAUCACAGUCUCAGUGUCCCAGGAGCUCAGGCUUUGUGCAUCAGAUCUCCCACGAAGACUGAGCAUCGAUCGAGCCCUGGACUAAUUGGCGACUUUGGGCUUCGCACUUCAGUCUCCUGAGGAUCUGGCGUCGUACCUGGUGCUCCAGCUUUUUACCCAGGACACAGACACUCAACCCAGAAUCAUGCAGGUGCAAUUUGAGUUUUAAACGCUACGUUUGUUUCACUAAUUUUAAAGCUUUAGAUUUAAAAAAAAAGUUGGAAAUAGUUUUAACUUUUUUAAACAUGGUGCUUUCAGAGUGAGGGAAUCAGGCCCUUCGCUCUGCAACACUACAUUGGGAGCAAUCUGCUCCUUUGGCACUGGGUACUUCGAGAGGCAGGGCAGGGGUCAGAGCUGGAUGCCCAUCACCUCCCCAUGUUACCCGGGUGGUGCUCUGAACGUUCACAAACAGCUCCUCUGGGAGUCCCUGGGUGAGAGGGAACAGUAACUCUCUGCCAGCCGAGGACUGUGGGUGUAGUAAGCAGAGGGUUGUAGCCUCUGAACUCACUCAGCCCCUGGGACAGCUGAGCCACGAACCAGAACGGCCAGCGAAGAACUUUUUUAAUUGAAGAUAAUUAUACUCCUAACUGGAAUACCCUCCGGGAGGUGUCGGGAGCCUGCAUCAAUGGGCCGGAGGAUUAGUGUGAGUGGUUUAUGCAUAGUUGAAGAUUAAUCAUGGGAUCCUGAGCAUGGGCGGCCAUUUGGCCCGUCAAGGCAAUUCCAGUUCUCUAAACUGUCACCUGCACUAUCCAGUGGGAGCAUUGCUGAGUGUCGCUGCUCACUGAAGGGGCUCAUGUCCGAGCUCUCGGUGGGGGAGAGGUGGAUGGGGUCUUGCGGACCUCCAUUGGUGAGCUUGUUUCCUGGGAAAAUAUUCCUCUUGCCCCCACCCCCUGCACUCCUGCCCCGGUGUACACGGUCUCCAUCCCAGUCAUGGGUACUUCAGAAGCGGACACCCUAUGGUGGGGCAGUUUGUGCAGGUGUUCAGUCUCCCUCCCACCAGCGGGCUUUUGGCUCUUGAUGCAGAGUGAGAUCUCAUGGAGAAACAGAAGGCCAGGGGGUCUGAGCUGCACUUUUGCCAGUGCUGAGGUCAGGGAAGAGUUGGGACCCUGGGGAGAGAGGCUCGGUGAUUCCCCCCCACCCCCCUCCAGCCCACGGGCAGUUCUCCUGUCCUCCGGCAGAUCUGAGCCCUAUCGCAGGGCAGUGAGGUGGCAGCCCCUCAGAUCUUCAGCCCUUGGGUGUUGCGCUUCGUUCACCUCAGCCUGUAUGUGAAAGGGCUCCCAGGAUUCCUGAGCCCGGGAGGCAAACGGGAAGCAUCUUGUGACAGCCUUCAGUCUGGCUGAGAACCAUGGACCGCACCCCAAUGAGAGAGCGACGCCCUUGAGGGGGAGCAGCAAAUGGAAUUGGCAAGCGAUUGUGUGGGGGUUAGUGGAGAACGUUACAGAUGCAGCUCCAACUUCUGCAAGUCCUAUGAUUGCCUUAUUUCCCAGCAAUGAACCGUCGUUUAUCGACUUCCGUCGCUUCUGCCCUGCUGAGGAUUCCUCCUAACUCUGAUCAUCCAGCAUGCUCAGAAGUGGGACAGUCACAAACAUGCUUAAAUCAACUUUAUUAUUCUAUCACGUGAUAUUUUAAAAAUGAGCCCCCAUGAACCCAGUGUAUUUGGAGAGUGUGAGGGAAAAGACAGCUGCUGGGCCAUCAGCAUUUCUGAAUAGUCAGAUUUCUGGAAUUGUACCACAAUGCUAGCGAUACAAUGAACGUGCUGUGCUGUACUGCCUUACUGGGCGGUCUUUGCUCGGCACAGUUUUUGCAGUCCUGGGUGGGGGUGGAUUACAUGGGUUCGCCUGGUCCCCCUCUACAGUCCCAUCACACAAACCUCCCCUGGAGCAAUUCUAUAUCCCCGAUUAAUUUCUUGUUUUGACUACUGCAUUAAUGUUAAACCUUCUGGGCAAACAAGUGGGAGUGAACUGUGCGGUGGUGGGGGUGGGGGGUUUAGCUGGGGACCCCGUGCAGCGUUCAUUCCCUCGUCUCUCUCUCUCUCUCUCAACCUGGAUCCCACAUCGCUGCCUUCCCCAUGGCGGACCAGAGUGAUUGAAUCAAUCUUUUAAUUUAGUGUGGCGGUGUAGAUUUCAAGGUGGAAUUGGUGUGGGAAGGCUGCGGCUCACAGCGCGGUAGGGUUUGGUGGGCUGCAGAUAGGUUCCUGGGCGUGUGGGUGUGUGUGUGUGUCUGUAGCUGAUGCCUAGGUCACCUCUCCUGUGUGCAGUGUGCCACUGCUUCAUUAUUAGCUCCCUGUCGGAUGUGUUUCCCAGAGUGAGUGUGUGUGUGCAAGCACGUGUGAUUUUUUUUUAAUGUCAGUUGAUGAUACUUUAAAUUAUUCUCGGUGUUUAAAGCGAGUUUUUUUUUAAUGAGUGUGUUCCCUCACUCCACUGGUUCAGAGUUUCCUGGGUCUACAAUGGAAAUUGUGAAUUAUGGGAUUUCAAUAAAAUAUUUUACUAGA